AUGGAAACCAUUAAGAUAGCCAAGGUCAAUGAUGUUACGCUGGUCAAAAGUGGAGUUCAACAGCAGGGGACCCUUCAUCUAACAGCCCACAACCUCAUAUUUCAGAAGAAUGACGAUCAAGAAACGUGGAUCCCAUAUUCCUUGAUAUCCCUCGUUACGCGGCUGCCACAAACGCUCACUGGAUCUUCCCCAAUCUCAGUACGUUGCCGGACGUUUGAGAACUUAACCUUUUACUUUGCAAACCCUCAACAUGCGUCGGAUGUCUUUGACAGUGUGCGAGAGUCUACAGUCGCGACAUCGGUCACGAAGCUUUACGCUUUCUUCUACACGCCCCCCGCUGGUACCCCCCAUGAUGGCUGGUCGAUGUUCACUCCAAGAGAAGAGUUUGGAAGAAUGGGCCUCGGGACUCGUACCAAAGCUUGGCGAUUUACUGAAAUCAAUAAAGAUUAUUCGUUUUGUCCAACUUAUCCUGCGACGUUGGUCGUACCGGCUCGUAUCAGCGAUGCUACUCUUUCUUAUGCCGCCAAAUACCGGAGUAAAGCUCGUAUCCCUUCUUUGUCCUACCUGCAUUGGGGGAACUUUGCAACCAUCACACGGUGUAGUCAACCGAUGGUUGGAUUGACCAACAAUCGCUCGGUACAAGAUGAAAAAUUGAUUGAGGCCAUCUUCCAAUCACAUCAUUCUGCUCAUUCCGUCUACGCCGGACCUCCUGACGGGCGUUCUCGAUCAACAUCUUCCCUAGUUUACGGUGCAACACCUGUCAACUUGAUUAUUGAUGCCCGACCUACCACGAACGCGAUGGCGAACGCCGCCAAGGGCGCUGGGACGGAGAACAUGGAUAACUACAAGGAAGCGAGGAAAGUUUACCUCGGUAUCGAUAAUAUACAUGUCAUGCGGGACUCUCUCGCCAGGGUAGCAGAGGCCUUGUACGAAGCUGAUAUGCUCGCAACUAUGUCGGGUUCAAAUUCGGUACCAUCGGACGCCUUGGGACCUGAGGCAUCCAGGCUUGCGUUUCUUGAUCGACAGGCUCUUAGGCGUUCUGGCUGGAUAAAGCACCUGACAUCUAUCCUGGAAGGUACCUUGAUUAUUGUGAAGACCAUCCAUAUCAACGCAUCGCACGCUUUAUUACACUGUUCGGAUGGGUGGGAUAGGACCGCCCAGUUAUCAUCGCUCGCUCAAAUCUGUCUCGAUCCUUACUUUAGAACUCUCCGUGGAUUCUAUGUGCUUGUGGAAAAGGAAUGGCUAUCGUUUGGCCACAAGUUCCUCGACCGCUGCGGGCAUUUGUCCUCUGAGAAACUGUUUGUAACCGCCCCGAACGAAGGAGGGGGCAGCAGUGAUGCAGCUCAAGCUUUUUUUGCUUCCGUCCAGAACAAAUUCUCCGGCCAGUCACAUCUCAAGGAAACAAGCCCGGUCUUUCACCAAUUCUUGGAGUCGCUUUGGCAAAUCUACCGCCAAUUUCCCACACGUUUUGAAUACAACGAGGAUUUUCUCCUGAAAGUAUACUAUCAUUUGAACUCGUGCCAAUUCGGCACCUUCCUAUUCAACUGCGAGCGAGAGAGACGUGUUGCCGACGGAAAUCAACUUUCAGCUGAACAGCGAACGCGUAGCGCCUGGGAUUGGUUUGAAGCUCAUCGAUCCCAAUGGCUCAAUUCCGAUUACGACCCUUCGUCCAACAUUCCAACUCGUGAUACAACUGUGCUAAUCCCAGACUCAAAGGAUGUUCGUUUCUGGUAUCGAUUGUACGGUCGCGGGGAUGAAGAAAUGAAUGGUGGGGGUAUAACUAAUCAAGCAACUGCAUCUGGGGUCGAGCUACGAGGUCCAGUAGUUGGAUCGGAAGACGAUCCCGUCCUUGCCGGCUCACCACUUGCUGUUCUUACUCCGUCUGCCACGCCUCCCCCAUCAGGGGACUUGGGUAGCCAACGAGCACCCUACCAGCCUCGGUCCCCUACCCGUAUCAAGCGAGUAUCUUCGGGUUUACCUUCUACGGCAAGUACGCCUCCACCAACAAGUUCUCGCCAAGAUAGCCUCAGACCAUUUGCCUCGACAAAUUCGGCAUUCUCUAUGCAGGCCGGUGGGAGUGAUGCACGAGAUGCUCUUGCCCCAUCGCGUGCAUGGAGGAACGCAGCUGAAGGACUUGCUGCGGGUGCUGGGGGCGUGAGAUCCGUGUGGGCAUCCCUAUCGUCUAACGCAACGGCUGCCUUCCAAGCUGCUCAGGCUGCAUACGACACAAGCGUCAGGGACUAUGGUACCCCAAAUAACGAUUCCAGCCCGCGUAUGCGUGAAGAUAUACUUAGCAAUGGAGGUGAACUACCUACCGUUAGCAAAAUGGGGAGUCUAGGCCGAAACUCUGGUUCAGCCUCAGUAACUCGUAGUGCUCCAAUCCCUGAUGUGCUGAGCAACCCUUGGGCCGACCAAGCACCCGUUUCAGCGCCCACAACCCCUCAUAGACUUGACAUUGCUGCCCCCACCCCCAUUGGGGUUGCAGAAUUAAAGCCGUUAGUAGACGUUAACCAACAACCAUGGGCGCGGCCGGCAGCAUCUCCCUCAUCCCAUGCUAAAUCGACCCAACCAUCGUUGGUGAACUCCAUAGGCUCGCUUUCCUCGUCACUCUCAGACCUGACCCUCUUGACUGAACCCAAUUUAUCGCGUUCUCAGUCUUCUGCAUCGCCUAGGCUACCUCCAACCGAACCCGUUCUCUCCAACAAUGAUGGGCAUCAGCCACAAUCCAGCGUAGCGGAUAUUGAUCCUUUAGGUGUUGGCUUUAGAUGA